AUGAUGAUGGAGGUCACGCAGAGAGAAGUCAGCGAUGCCCUCAAGAUGAGCGAAGGAUCUCUCUGUUCAUGGAUCGCUGACGCCCAGUUAGCACCGGUUGGUUCGCAGGCCUUCUCCACGGUCUGGGUAGAAAAUAUGAGUGCAGGUACCUCUCUGCUUGCCAUCGGGGGCCUCUGCGAAGAAGAAGACCUGAACAAUGAUGGAGGUCACGUAGGAGAGAAGUCCCGUUCACGAAGCGAUGCCCUCAAGACGAUCAAAGGAUCUCUCGAUUCAUGGGUCGCCGGUGCCAGUUAGCACCAGUUGGUUCACAGUCCUUCUCCACGAUCUUGGUAGAAAAUAGGUAGAAUUGUCGUUCCUCUGACGCUGAAGUUUUGUUGUGCAAGUGCCUCUCUGCUUACCAUCGAAGGCCUCUACCUCAGUUAAGGUUGCUUUAUUUAAUGGUCGGUUGAAUAGUGGAACUGGGUUGCUUGCUGUCAGAGGGAACCAGAGAUUGUGCGUUGGUCGGGGAAAGUGUACUGAAGCCACGCCUACAGGCUACAACUGACCAGCUGCAGUAUACUGUGUUUCUGGUUCCUUCGCAGCCUUCAUGGUAUCUGUGG